AUGAGCAUCAACGUCUCUACGUAUGAUCAAGCCGCCACGUGCGCACUUGAGCUCUCGCGCGUGAGCACAGGCCAAGUCGAUCGACUCUCAACGCAGUGGCGCUCCCGCCCAAUCACCAAGACGCACCUACAAACGCGCGCACGCUCCUCCACUGGGUGUGCACACGUCGUGCCCACGUCUGCUUCAUCACGUCUCGUACGUCUGUUCAACAAACCCGGUCGUUCAUUCUCUGAUGUAGGAAGUCUUUCUGAUGCCAUCAAUAAGGUAAUUGCGCAGCGUUUCCAUAUCAAGCGGAUGAGUGGCUUAUAUGAGAUGGACGAGGCUUACCCCUUAACUGCACAAGCUUCGCGACACUCUCAGUUGUUAUCGCCCUCUGCCGAACGGAAUCGCACGCAGCUGUAUGCCGUCGUGAACCCAAAAGACUAUCGAAUGUCCACAGGUGGUGGAAUAAAUCCUAAUAACAACAAUGGCCAGAAUACUCCAUCAAGCACUACUGCUGUCGCUACAACACUUUUCCCGCGUUGCCCAUCUCAGAUACAGCAAGCACCUCCGAGGGUGCAUUUCAGGGAUACAAAAGGACGACCACGAUUCCGCCAUCCAUCGGAAUCCACCAGUGUACGAGCGCCACCACCCUUUGUUAGAAGUUUCUCUUCGAAGGCCUUCGAAAUUUCCGAUGGUUUGCCUCCUCCUCCUUCUGUACCGCGUCCUUCGAGCCCCCAACACGAGCUUGCUUACCGCCACCGUGAUACACUGUUGGAUAAAGGAAUACAGUGCGAGCCAGAGGCAGGAAUUACUCAACAAACGAAAACCCACUCAAAUCCCCUUUUAUCGGCACUACUGGCAGCAGCUAAUGCUACGGUUAAUUGCCCUUUGGGAUCGUCAGAAUUGGAUCCUGCCCUUCGAAGGAAGCCACAAUUUCGAGCCGGGACUCUUCCCUACUGGUCGGACUCUGAGGUUAAUGCCUACGAUUCCCUGGAUGCAUUCAACGCUGCUCCUCAAAAUUGCCUUGGUAUGGUUGGCGGAAGUAAAGCGUAUCCGUCAGCCAGCGUUGUUGCAGCGGCCGCCACAGCAGCUGCAAUGGCCUUGGCAGCUGUACAGUCCACCUCCAGAGGACCUACGGCGAAGUCACUGGAACCGCCCAUGGGUACCCCUAUGUCAAGAGCCAGCCUUCAUUUGGAGGAUUUGACUUCGGAAGCGGCCAUUAUGCGGAGCUUGACGGGCCAAUUUGCAGACACCUCCCUGUACCCACGUUUCCCCACAAGUGUUGAUCAAAGAAAAUCUGUAAAUUUCGAUGCAACCUCUCUACAGAAACCGGAUAUUUAUGGCAACGCCGGCCCUUACAACUUCCCUCAAAUUGCUAACUAUGUGCUUAUCGUCUUUUUGCAACUCGCCAUUCAGUGUAUCUGCAAACAAGCAAUUCGCUAG